AAUGACGUCACGGCCAGUCAACAAAACGUGAGGCCGGGGUGAACGCCGGGUCCGACGCAAGUCGAACCCACUUGGCAGCGGAGCUCCACGAGAGAAAGAGGCAUGAAGCAAGCGGAGACGCCAGACAUCGUCAAAACGUUCCCAAAAGUGACAGCCAUUUGUCAUAUGCUCGGCUAAGCGGAGGACUUGGCUUACUCUAAUGAACUCAAGAUGACUUGAUGAAAAGUUUGUCGGAGUUUCGCAGCCCACCAUCAUCAUCACCACCAUCAACUUCAUCAUCAUCAGCAGCAGCAGCCUCCUCGCCGGAAUGGUGCGGCUGGUUAGCUGCCUCCUGCUCGGAUACCUCACGUGGAAUCUGCGGAUCUCGGACGCGCAGGGGGAGUACUGCCACGGCUGGCUGGACGCCAACGGCAACUACCACGACGGCUUUCAGUGUCCGGAGGACUUUGACACGACCGACGCCACCGUGUGCUGCGGCUCGUGCGCGCUGCGCUACUGCUGCGCCGCUGCAGACGCGCGCCUUGAGCAAGACGGCUGCACGAACGAUCGGCCGACCACCGACAACACCGAGUAUGCAGCACUGCCCGUCUACAUGCCCUUCCUCAUGGUGGGCAGCAUGUUCGUGGCUUUCGUGGUGGUGGGCUCCCUGGUGGCCGUCUACUGCUGCACCUGCCUGCGACCCAAGCAGCCCGCUCAGCAGCCCAUGCGCUUUUCGCUACGCAGUUGCCAGGGCGAGACUAUCCCCAUGAUUCUGACGCCGGCGCUGCCCAGCCUCCGCGCCCCGUCGAGGCAGUCCAGCACGGCCACCACCAGCUCCAGUUCGGCGGGGGGCGGGAGCUCCAUGCGGAGGUUCUCUAUAGGGGGGCAACAGCAGCACGGUUGCCUGGUGUCAGCCUCCAUCUCCACCCCGGCUUCUACUCCCACUCAAACCCAUCAGACUUUGCCCCCGCCUUUGCCGCCACCCUACAUGUCCCCUCCGGCGUCAGGAGGCCUACAGCAUGCUCACGCACAGCUGCCCCUCCAGCAGCCCUCGCAGGGCACCGCCUUUCUCCUGCCGCAGCAGUACUUCUUCACCAUGCAGCCCGACGCGUUUGCUUCGGCUAAGGGAUUUGCAGACUUUGGCCAGAGUUGACGAGUGCUGCUGCCAGACUGGAUUUGUUUGGAGGGGCUUCAACCUAACAGGAUGAGCCACCUAUGCACUUUUUGUAUCCUAUAAUGUACAUAGACACCUUAACUGUUUUGUACGGGCUAUUAUUUUAACAACAAAUAAUCUUGGCAAUCUUGGCAGAUGAUGUGGUGCUUGAGAAAAGGUUCUGAACUAGAUUUUUUGUUUUUGACAACUUGUAAUGAUGGUCACCUCAAUUAUAGAUUGUUUUACACUGUUUUUCACGUACAGAGUGAUUCUCAAACUGAUCGCCAGGUUCCUCAAAAAUUUCUUAUUUAAAAAGGGCAAACAGUGCUUGCACAUGGGGAACGGCAUGCAGAUAAAAGGAACCUGCUAAACCAAUUACCCCUACUAUUGUAUUUCCCUACCUUAGUUCAACAAUUGAAAGCUCUGAUAUGAUUGUGCUGUAUAUCACAUACUGUGAAUCUGAAAAAUCGCUGCAUGACUAUUUUUUUUUAGGGAGGGGCAUGACUUUUUUUGGGG